AGGCAUCCAUGAGUUACUACCCACCUAAAAGGCUCAAACAGAUCCAAAAACAAACCCUUUUCUCCAGCGCAGCUAAGCAGCCAACGAGUUCUUUGCCCGCCUAUAAAUGAGCCAAUACGAGCCACAAAGCUCCACAAACCACAAGCCCCAAGCCCGAACCGAGAAAGAGGCAGCAAACAAACCGCGCGCACACGAAGGGGAGACGUCGCCGCAAGAGAAACAGGUAGAGAAAAUAAUGGCGGCCAUCUCCUCCACCUCCUACUUCUCCUCGCAGCCGCAGCUGCCGGCGUCCGGAGGCAGCAGCAACGGCCGGCAGCCCCGUAGGCGGCGGAUGGGCAGCUGCGUCAUGCUCGAGGCGGCCGCUGCCUCUGGUAGUGGUAGUGGUGGCGGCGGCGCGGUGGUGGGGAGGACCAGGAGCCUGACGGAGGUGGACCUGGAGGAGCUCAAGGGCUGCCUCGACCUCGGCUUCGGCUUCUCCUACCACCAGAUCCCGGUCCUCUGCGGGACGCUCCCCGGCCUGGAGCUCUGUUACUCCAUGACGCGGAGGUUCCUCGACGAGCAGAGAGCGGUGGUCGGGCAGCUGGAGCCCGCUGCGCCGGCGGCGCCGCCCAUCCCGGACUGGAAGAUCUCCGGCCCUGGUGAUAAUCCAGAGGAAGUGAAAGCUAGGCUCAAGUAUUGGGCUCAGACGGUGGCAUGCACAGUCAAACUAUGCAGCUGAUGGAGCUUCGUAGUGCGUUGGUUCUCUGUUAACAUAUAUGCUACUACAAGCUGAACUGGAGGUGGCUGAAGUUGAAGAACGGCGCUUAUAUGGUAUUGAGCUCGGUGAGCAAAUACAGAGGAUGUGCUUCUGCUUCGUGUUAUCGAGGCGACAGAACUGACCAUUGCAUUUGCAAAAGUUCAGAGGAGGAGAGGAUUGCUGACAACAUGGAACUGAGAGAAAUCGCAAGGUGGCUCGCAGUCGAACUAAUCUGAAAGCAUCAGAAGCUUUCUAUUCCUCUUGGCCUCUUGGGUGUCUUGUCUCUACAUGGCGCAGCGUUUGCAAGUGCCUGAGACCUCUGCUUGUUUCUGCUCUUCCUGGUAGUGCACUAGUGCUCACUAGGUGCUCCGGUUGCGCCACACUGCUCUGGGUUGAGCUUUGCAAAUCCUACGGUGGAUUUGUUCAAUUAUAGCUUUGUUCUGGUGCUCCUUUCAGCUUAGAUUGGCUUUGGAGCAGUAGACCUUGUAUAGGACUUGCAUGAACAUAUCUGUUGAUUCUGCUGUACUGCAUUGCAAGGGUGCAGAAACAGUUUGCUCUGAAAUACAUUUCUUUGUCCUGACUAA